UUAGAGAAAGCACGUACCGUUUCGUCUUAAAAAUGAGGCGACGUACGAACGCGAAACCGGAAAAUUUCACAUAAACGCGUUGCUAUCUUGUGCAGUGAAGUUCUAAAGUGAUGGAAUUUUAAUAGUUAUUACCUAAAAUGUCGUUUGAGUGAAUCCUUAGGGAUUGUGGAGUGAAAAUCUUAUGGAGACGGCAUUUACAUGACAAAGUGUAGUGUUAUAGUGAGUGUGUCACAGCAUGACCAGAUGUAUGGCGCUGUUCGGGCUUGUGUGGCUUCUACGGGUACGUGGCUCCCUCUGUGGGUGUUCGGCUUGCAAACGAGCAAGAACUGGAUUGCCCGAGUCUGAUUGUUCGGACAGUCCCCGCACACCAAGCCCUGAGGAUAGGGCUACGUUUGACGUCAUCGCCUUACAACAUUACACUCGUGACGUCACUGUACAGACAGAUUUCGACGAUGAGGUCGAGGACCUGGAUAAGAUUGAAAUGCAAAUCACCGAAGAAUCGAACGCCAGCAACUACGAUGGGCGUGAGGUACACAGUCGGGAAAGGCGGCACGGAAGCGGACUGAUCUCUACAGACUCUGAUGAGGUGUGGGAAUCUACAGAGGUGACAUUAGAGAGAGGGAUGACCGGACUUGGCCUCAGUAUAGCAGGUGGAGAAAAUGGUGGUGACGUCAGUAUAACUAGGAUUGCUCCGGGAGGUGCUGCCAACAAUGAUGGUCGGUUACAAAUCGGUGACAUUUUAACUCAGGUUAACGACGUCUCAGUGGAGGGUGCGCCCCAUUCAGCUGCUGUGAACGUGUUACAAAAAGCUGGAAACCUUGUCAAACUACGAGUGAGGAGAGCGCGUCGACCCAGGGUAGUGACAUUGUGCAGAGGCGCACGCGGAUUGGGGCUCGGCAUAGCGGGCGGAGCGGACGACGCUACUGCUGGCGGCGUGUUUAUAUCACACAUCGCUGUCGGCGGUGCGGCACAUCACGACGGCAGACUCAAACUUGGUGAUAAAAUCCUCGCUGUUAGAGAUGAACAUGGAAUAGAAAGAUCAUUAAUUGGAGCUACACAUGCGGAGGCGGUCCUAGCGUUGCGAAGUACAGGCGACCACGUGACACUUGUGGUUCUCCCGGCCGCUUCUAUCCCGCCCAUAACAAGAACCGCUCCGCUUCACUCAACAAGAACGCAGGCAACGUCAUGUUCAACUCUACACGAGCUCUUUGAAGAGGAAGCGAGUCAAAUACCGAGAUGCGUGAGAAUGGUACGACUGGUCCGCACGGGAUCUCGAUUGGGAAUGGACAUUGUUGGAGGGUUGGGUGAUUCAGAAGGAUCGAGUGAGGACAAUGCGUGUGGAGUUUUCGUGUCCGGAGUAGCGAUAGAUGGCGCUGCUUGUGGAAUGUUGCACAGAGGGGACAGAAUACUGAGCGUUGAUGGCCGUGAUCUUACGAAGGCAACACAUGAACAAGCGGCUGCUGCUUUGAAGUACUCCGGCAAUGCGGUAACGAUAGCAGCGCAGUACCAACCGGAGCAGUAUGAGAAACUUCGAGCGAGAAUAAGAGCUAUUAAUGCAGCAGCUCUAUCUCCGCACACUCCAACGCGUUUUCCAGCACACGAGUUACCUCAACAUCCAGACGUGCAAACGUGUUACUCAAGGGAUAAUAUAACAAGGUAGCAGUGAGCAGUGCCGUAAGAACUGAAUAGCUAGUGGAAGAAUCUAGAUUUUAAAAGUUGAAUUAAAACAAUGUUCUUUUACUUUAUGACGAAUGACUAAAAAGAUGUUUAUUAAAAACAAAUCAUUUUUAACAAACAUCAUGGUGUAUCUACGAAGUUAUUUUGUAAACUGAUUUGUUAAAAAUUUUAAUCAAAAUAAAUUUCUGGUAAAAUAAUAUUUUUUUAUGAAAAUAAGGGACGAGACGAGCAGGGCGUUCAGCUGAUGUAAAUUGAUACGCCCUGCCCAUUACAAUGCAGUGCCGAUCAGGAUUAUUGAAAAACCCAAAAAUUCUGAGCGGCACAUAAUUAUGUGCCGCUCACAAUUGUGCUCGUCACCUUGAGAUAUAAGAUGUUUAGUCUCAUUUGCCCAGUAAUUUCACCAGCUACGACGCCUUUCAGACUGAAACACAGUAAUGCUUCACGGCAGAAAUAGGCACCGUUGUGGUACCCAUAAUCUAGCCGGUAUCCUGUGCAAAAGAACCACUGGUAAAAUUCAAUUGUGUUAGUCCAACCCCUGUACCAGUUCCAGUUAUUUAAUCCCGAAUUGUACAUAAAUUUUAAUGUAAUUAAAUAAUGGAAUAUUAAAUAUAUUAAUUUAUGCAAGAUGUACAAAUUUUGGAUCAAUUCAUUCACGACUAUUAUUGGUUGAAUAGUUAUGAUUUGAGUUGGUUUUGUUUUUUAAUUAAGAAAAAAUACGAAUACCGGACUACCAGCAUACCUACUCCGGCAUACCGGAGGAGGCCUAUACCCAAAAGGGGCCAUGACAUAUAUUAUAUCGAUCUGAAAUACUUAUUAAACAUAGUUUUUCCCACAGAACAAUUUAAAGAGAUUUAAGUCGGGUUGUUUGUUAUGCGUGGCACAUCAUAUAUACUUAUCUACCCAUCCAUGAAGUAUAACAUUAUCGGUAUGAUAGUUAAACUAGAAAAAAAAACAAAACUUCAUAGGCGUGAGCUGUCAAAAGUAGGCGUGUGUUGGCCAAUUAUCAGUGUGUUGACCAAUUACAGGGCUGCGAUAUUGGUUACGAAUUUGUGCGAAUGCUUGUGUUUUUUUGACUAGGGCGUGUCUAGGGCGUGUAGUAUAAUAUUGAGUGGCGACAGUGGUUCCCAUACAAAAUACGCGUGAUGGCCAUUCCAAUGUCUUUUACCUGUUCUGUGGUUUUUCCAAAUUUAUAUUUUUAAAUGUCGUGAAAAUUAGAAAGGCUUAAUAAAUAUGUAAUGAUUUAAUGUUUCAGAUAUUCGUUAGAUACAUAUUGUAAAACUAGGUCAUAUUUGAUUGUUUAAGAUCCCUUUUAUUAAGGAGUUUGUUUAAAUGUAAUUAAAUUAUGUGUCUAUUACUAAUAAUAAUAAUAUUUGUAUCU